AGCUGAGCUUAUCUUCACAGAUGGUAGUGGGGCCAGAGAGCAACGCUGUAUUGUAGGGGCAAACUAUUACAAAUCAAACAGCAUUCAUGAAUGUACUCAAAUAAUUAUUCAUAUAGGGCCCGAUACUAAUAGUUUAAUAUAUAAAAAGGAGCAUCUAACUCCUGUUUUUGGUGCAUUAAAUGGAGGAGAAGAAGGAAGACGGAGACUCGGAGAUACAGGAACACGGACCCGAGCACUGGUUCUCAAAAUGGGAGCGGCAGUGUUUGGCCGAAGCGGAACAGAGGGAGCCGAGCGAGGAGGAGGCCGACAACGACCAGGAUAAACUGUGGCAUCUCUUCCAGAACUCCGCCACCGCCGUGGCACAGUUAUACAAAGACAGAGUAUGCCAUCAGCAGGGCCUGUCAUUGUGGGUGCCAUUUCAGAACUCUGCCACAGCAGUCACCAACCUCUACAAAGAGAGUGUGGAGGCCCAUCAGAGAACCUUUGAUCGGGGCAUCCAGACAGGCCACCAGCGCCGUAAUAAGGACAUGCUGGCCUGGGUGAAGAAGCGACGGAGAACCAUCCGCAGGGAGGAUCUUAUCAGCUUUCUGUGCGGCAAAGCACCACCGCACAGGAGUAGCAGGACCAACACCCGGCUGGCCAUGGUGGCCCCGAGUCGGGCUAACUCUCCAGCGGAGACCGGCUCAUCUGUGGAGGCAGACCUGCAGCCCUUCAGGGAGGCCAUAGCACUGCACGGUCUGAGUGGAGCCAUGGCGAGCAUCAGCGUCCGCUCCGGUGCUCCAGGGUCUCCCACACAUGUGAGCGGGAGCAGCAGUAACGGAGGCGGGGCCGGCGUAGGCGCUUCCUCCGGAUCGGGGCCGGUGUGCCGCAGCCGGCGCAACGGGCUCCAGGACGUCGACCUGAACACUUUCAUCUCGGAAGAGAUGGCGCUGCAUCUGGACUCUACUGCCUCCGCCGGAGGGGGAGGAGCCAGGAAAAGAAACUCCACCCAGUGCAGCGAUGUCAUCACAGACUCUCCUACGCACAAACGCAACAGGAUGAUCUGAUGUGCUGCCUGCCUAUGUGUGUGUGUGAGGGGGGGGAAGCCUUCAGAGCCAAGGCUAGGAGAGGGAGGGAGGGGGUUGGAGGGGUGAACAUGGGACAGAUGCACAGACGGAUGGACAGAUAUUCAGCUGCCUGGCUGUGCAGAAGAACGUCUGAAAACGCAGACAGAAGGUCCCCGUUUGCGCUUUUCUGAUGUUGAAUGAACUCUAUUCCUUGUCUCCUUUCCCUGCACUAUUGCUACAAAUCACUGCUAUCAGAACACUUAAUGAGUGUGUGUGACGAGGAGGUCCGGACGCCAUCGCCCCGGAAAGGAGACAACGAAGGAAGACUCAUCAUGGGAUACAGAAAGUUCUCAAACACGCACUGUGCUGCUUCGAAGAGUAAAAGCCACUUUGAUCCUCGACACAUUUGUGCCCUUCCCUCCCUGAACCCCACUCAUCCUCACCCGCCACCUUAAUAAGGAAGUGAGGGCCAUGAUCGUCUCACUCAGUGAACCGAGUUGCUCGCCAAACGUUGGAGACUCAACCCUCUGCGACCAACAUGUGAUCUUUCUGUUGCUCCACCGUCGUCGGUGGGGGAGCUGAAUCGCAGUAGGACAGGUGUGGGGUCAUCCAGCUUCAGUUACAUUUCUCCAGGUCGAUGGCACGUCACUUUACUCUCCGCUAACUCUGCUUCAACUAUGGCUCCAUUUAGUAAAGCCAGUCGCCAUUUUCAUUAGUUCGUCAAACCACCAGUGUUAAAAUUCUAGGUUUGUUGCCACUGUUGUUGGCAGCAUUGAUAGCCAAGUUAAUUAUUUCUCCACAUUUUUUCUGUUGAUUAAAAAGAAAACACUUUUUAUUUUUUAUUUGUGAAUACAGCUUGUCAUAAAGCUCACCCCUUUACCCUAGUCUUAUACAAAAAGCAACUGCUCUUUUAUGUGAUCUUGUGAUUAUUCUGAUUUGCAAUAAGGACUGCACUUAAUUUUCACCUAACUCAUGCAAACAAAUGGGCUCUUCCAUUAUAUCCCAGAUGUAGCCUAGAUUAGCACAACACUCACUGCUUAGAGGAAGUAAACACUCGGUAUAGGGCUGCUCAAUUAAUCGCAAUUACCAUUUUGGCUUGCAACGAUUAUGAAAACAUAAUCAAGAUAA